AUGGCAUAUUUGCCUUACAGGGACCUGAAGACAAUAAUAAACGGUCAAACAACUUCAGACAAGGCGGAUGAAUACGACUUCUUCAUUUUUGGACUAGACGCUGGACCAGAAGAAGGGCCAUUUGGUAAAAAUAUACUGACAGCCAGAGGUGAGGAUUGGAAGGUGAGAAGGAAGCACAUGAACCCGAUGUUCCACCCACGCAAUGUUCAACACAUGGUGCCAACGUUCAAUAGCAACAGUCGGGAGCUUGUUGAACGGAUGUCCCAUCACCUAGGCAACGGACCGUUCAAUGUUCUAAAGUAUACCAUGGACCUCGGGCUCAAGAGCAUCUGUAAUUUGAUUUUUGGAGCGAAAGUCGAGAUAGACGUAAAGACGGAAGCAUUCAAAGGUCUCAAGAUUUUUGUAGAAGAGGUACCAGAACUUUUCAUUAUGCGUAUCUUUCGUCCAUGGCUCAGGUCAAGUUUUCUUUUGAGACUAUUUCACUGGAAUAAAGUAAAAAAGAUCGGCAAGUACUGGUGGAACUUCUCACAAGCUCAUAUACAGGUUUGCCACGAAGAACAAAAACUAAAGAAGGAAACAAGCAAUAUUAAAGACAUAAAUGAACUCAAUAAAAAAUGUUCAUCUGAAGAGAAUCAAGAACGUAUUAACCUUUUUGAUGCGUACUCACUUCUACAACAGAACUACCCAGAUUUUACUGAGGCUGACUUGAGAUCUGAAAUAGUCACUUUGUAUGCCACAGGCACCGAUACUAUUGGAACUGGAACAGCUUCAUGUCUACUGGCUCUCGCACAGUACCAGGAUAUCCAGGAACGUCUCUUCAAAGAAAUCUCUUCGGUGGUUGGUCCUAACGAUGACGUCACGCUUGAAGACCUUUCAAAAAUGCCUUACCUGGAUAUGGUAGUCAAGGAGACGCUGAGAUGGUUCAUGAUCGCACCUUUCAUCCUUAGGAAACCCACCAAGGAUAUCACUCUAAGUGAAAUCACAGUUCCUGCAGGAUGUGCGAUUGUUUGUAACUUGUCUGCGAUCCACAUGAAUCCAAAAAUCCACCCUAAUCCCAGACUGUUCAAUCCAGAAAGGUUUUCACCAGAAUGUGUCUCUGGUAAAGAGAAAUUGGCGUUCAUUCCCUUCAGUGUGGGUCCAAGGAACUGUAUUGCAAAAACAUAUGCGAUACAACUAAUGAAGAUAGAAAUCGUCCACAUCCUGCGAAAGUUCAGAUUGUUCACGACUCAAGAUAUUUAUAACAUGAAGAAGAAGUUGGCAGUCAUAUUGGUGGCCACGGAGGGGUAUAACAUUUCACUUGAGAAAAGGGCUUCAUAAAAUUUUUCUAGAGAAGAGGGCCCCAUAAAAUUUCCCGGAAGUAGAGGGCCCAUUAACAUUUUGAGAGUCCCAUAACAUUUGCUGGAAGAAGGGGGCCCCAUAACAUUUCCCUAUAGAAGAGGGCCCCAUAACAUUUCCCUAUAGAAGAGGGCCCCAUAACAUUUCCCGGAAGAAGAGGGCCCAAUAAUAUUUUCCUGGAGAAGAAGGCCCCAUAGAAUUUCUUUAUAAAAGAAGGACCCAUGUUAUUAUUCAGUAGUAGAGGGCCCCAUAACAAGAA